UUAAACUAACCUGAGGGUCAUUUCUCUUCAGUUCUGAUCUCACUGCUGAGCUGCACAACCAACCAAGUCUCUCUGACUGUGAGUCCUAGCAGCUCUCAGAUGUUUAAAGGACAGUCUGUCUCUCUGAGCUGUGAGGAGGACGACAGCUCUGCUGGAUGGACUCUGAGGAGGAACACAACCAGAAAAACUAGAGCUGAGUGUAAAGACUGGGAAGGAAUAUCUGCUGGUUCUUCCUGUAAAAUCAGCUACAUGGCCCCAUCAGACAGUGGAGUUUACUGGUGUGAGUCCAGAGAGGGAGCAACCAGUAACAGCAUCAACAUCACUGUCACUGGUGGACCAGUGAUCCUGCAGAGUCCUGUCCUCCCUGUGACGGAGGGAGAAGACCUCACUCUGCUCUGUAAAACAAAGACGUCCUCCAACCUCCCAGCUGGUUUCUAUAAAGAUGGCUCCUUCAUCAGGACUGAGCCUGCAGGUCACAUGACCAUCCACCAUGUUUCCAGGUCUGAUGAAGGCCUCUACAAGUGUAACAUCAGCAGUGAUGGAGAGUCUCCACCCAGCUGGGUCUCUGUCACAGGUGAGGAGGUUAAAGGUCAUUAUUCAUCUUAGGGUGCUUUCACACCU